AUGUUUCAGGGCCAGGUUCAGCAAACAGAGAAGCAGAUCAAAGAGGAGUUUCAGGAGCUGCACCAAUUCUUGCACCAUGAGGAGGCAGCCAGGAUCAGAGCCCUCAGAGUGGAGGAGACACAGAGGAGCCAGACUCUGAGCAGGAAGAUGGAGGAAGUGGUCAGAAAGAUGAAGGCCCUUUCAACCACAGUCAAAGCCAUAGAGCAGGAGAUGGGCAAAGAUGAUGUUUCAUUCCUGCAGAUGGAGUUGAACACUGACAUCGUUGCCCUCUCCACCUUCUCCAACAUCUCCAACGCCUCGGAGGACAACGGCACUUCCGCCCUGCUGCCCGGGCCCCCCUACCUGCCGGUGGAGGCGGCCUUCAUAGUCCUGGUUGCAGGCUCUCUCAGUCUGGUCACCAUCAUUGGGAACAUCCUGGUCAUGCUUUCAAUCAUAGUCAACAGGAGCCUGCAGACCAUCAACAACUACUUCCUCUUCAGCCUGGCUUGCGCCGACCUCAUCAUCGGCGUGAGUUCCAUGAACCUGUACACGGUCUACAUCGUGAUUGGCUACUGGCCCCUGGGGCCCGUGGUGUGCGACCUGUGGCUGGCCCUGGACUAUGUGGUGAGCAACGCCUCCGUGAUGAACCUCCUCAUCAUCAGCUUCGACCGCUACUUCUGCGUCACCAAGCCGCUCAGCUACCCCAUGAGGGAUGCAGCUGGAGCAGAUGGUGUUGAGGAGCGCCAUGACGUUGUAGGGCGUCCAAGUCACCACGAAGGCCACCAGGAUGGCCAUGAUGGUGCGUGUCACCUUCUUCUCCAGCGACGACGCCGCCGCCUUCCUCCUGGGCGGCGGCUGCCUUGUCACCUGGUGGCCUUCGUGGUGACGUGGACGCCCUACAACGUCAUGGUGCUCCUCAACACAAUCUGCUCCAGCUGCAUCCCCGAUGCCGCCUGGACCAUGGGCUACUGGCUGUGCAACAGCACCGUCAACCCGGCCUGCUACGCCCUCUGCAACGCCACCUUCAAAAAGACCUUCAAACGACUCCUCCUCCGCCAGUACAAGGACAUUCGCUCGGGACCGACCAUCCUGGUGGCCUUCGUGGUGACGUGGACGCCCUACAACGUCAUGGUGCUCCUCAACACCGUCUGCUCCAGCUGCAUCCCCAACGCCGCCUGGACCAUGGGCUACUGGCUGUGCUACAUCAACAGCACCGUCAACCCGGCCUGCUACGCCCUCUGCAACGCCACCUUCAAAAAGACCUUCAAACGACUCCUCCUCUGCCAGUACAAGGACAUUCGCUCGGGUCGAUGA